CAGGGUCCCCCAUUCCAAGAAGGUCAGACAAUGGAGAGACCCUUUGAUAGGAAUUCCUCCAGCCCAGAGCAGGCUGUGUCACCUUCAUUUUCCCAUCAGCAUCCAAGGCCUCUGGCCUGGCCUCUUUUUCAAAGUUUCAUAUGUCCUAUACCCCAUUCGGGAUAUUACUCCAUAAGAGACUCAAGGUGACAAUUCUCAGCCUUUUCUAGUAUGCCUCCUCCUGCCUUCGGGGCCUUCACUGAUCUGCUUGGCCACACGAAGUUCAGCUACGGAACACUCUGGGAUAAACGUGCCAGUGUGUCUCCAUUUCACAGAUGGGGAAACUGAGGCUUGGAAUGAUGAAUUGGCAAGAGUAGCUGAGCUUAAGUGUGAGUUCCCUGAAGCUGCCGCACCCUGGCCUCUUCACUCUUGAGAACAGUUUUCAAGACUCAUCUGGUGCUGCCAGGCCAUCCUGGGGCAGAGGGCAGGGAUUAGGCUGGCUGCCUGACUCAUUUACCCUAAUCUCCUUCACUGUGGAUCCCAGGUGAUCAACUCUAGCCUGGGGGGGCCAUAAGCAGCUUUCUGGGCCUGAGAAGCAAGGGCAGGCACUCUAGGGAGCUACAUCGCUGAGUCUUGCCAUCUUCUACAUGGCAACAGAGCACAGUGCACAGCUGGCUCCUGCCCCCCAGAAGAUCCCUAAAGGAGCUGUUCUUCCCAGGAGUGCUGCUGAAGACCCUGCCUCGACCAGGAGAAGAAGCAAGAAGGAGAAUUGGCACCCAGGGGCCCAGAAAGCCAGUUCUGGGGAACAGUCCUCUAGCCAGAGCUCUGAGGCCUCAGGAAGCAGCAAGAACUCCUCAAGGACCAAAGUGGGGCAGGAGGAACCAUCCUCAGCACCUACCCGGCAAGCCUCUCACCGACAGUCCCACCGACACCGUUCUGACCCUCAACAGGAUGCUGCUCAAAGGACUUAUGGGCCCCUGCUCAACCGCAUGUUUGGAAAGGAUCGUGAGCUGGGCCCUGAAGAGUUGGAAGAGCUCCAGGCUGCCUUUGAGGAGUUUGACACUGACCAGGAUGGCUACAUCGGCUACCGGGAACUAGGUGACUGCAUGCGGACUCUGGGCUACAUGCCCACGGAGAUGGAGCUGCUCGAAGUGUCCCAGCACGUGAAGAUGCGCAUGGGGGGCUUUGUGGAUUUUGAAGAGUUUGUGGAACUGAUAAGCCCCAAACUGAGGGAGGAGACAGCUCACAUGCUGGGUGUGCGGGAGCUGCGGAUCGCCUUCCGAGAGUUUGACAAGGACAGAGAUGGACGGAUCACAGUGGCGGAGCUGCGGCAGGCAGCACCCGCUCUGCUGGGGGAACCACUAGAGGGCACUGAACUGGAUGAGAUGUUGAGAGACAUGGACCUCAAUGGCGAUGGCACUAUAGACUUUGACGAGUUUGUACUGAUGCUAUCUACAGGCUGAGGCACCUUCAGGGACAACAUACUGCCCCUGGGGGCCAAGACAGCAGCAGGAACCAGGCUACGCAAGAGAGAGAUACCCCUCCCCCAACCCCUAGGCUACUUCACCUCUGACCACACCCGACUCCAGUGUCUGCCUGUGCUGUCUUCUCCUCCCACCCCCAAACUGUGGAGGGGGAAAAAAUUGAAGCUGGUUGCAGCUCUCACUGGAGAACAAGAUUUGAAUUUCUUUAGAUCCUGGAGAGGUAGGGGGCUCCCCUGCACCAGCUGCAUUCAAACAAAUGAGGCACAGUGCCCUGGGGGGGGGGGAUUCCUAGGAUGCAGUGAAUGGAGAGGGGGACUUGAUCGCUUCCCCCUACUUGUGUGUACAAAGUGUUGUUUUUGAAAAAUGAACUUGGGCCUGGUAAUGGCUUAGCAGGUAAAAUUUUUGGUUCCCAAGCCUGAACUGGAUCCCUGCAGCUUGUGAGGUGGGAGAGAGCCAACUUCACAAAGUUGCUCUCUGGUAUGCUAAUGUUCUAUCCCCCCACCCCCACCCCACUCCUACCAUGAAUAAAUAAAUAAAUGAAAAUUGAAUCUGAA